GCUUCGGAAUUGCUGAACAAUGCACAAGACAUGAGAAAAUAUUGGAGUUGCUUGCAUCGGGGUCAAUUGAAGUAGAGAAUGGUGUACUAGAUCUGUCUAUGCUCUAUGAUAUGAUGGGGCCUCGAAAACUCAAAACUGAUUCAGCUCAGCAACCAUUGACAUCUUGUGGCGAACGGUGUCUUUGUGCUGCUGAGUCUCUUGUUUACCCAUCAAGAGAACUAUACAUGAAUGAACCAGUAUUGAAUGUAGUGAGAGACAGGAGCAGUUGUAGAGAGCAUACAUUGCAGCAUAUGAGAGAUGAUAUGACUCAUGUGGUUCCUGUCAUUUCUGACCUUCAUUUCUCGAAGAACACAGUUACGUCUAGACGACGGGCAAUGCUGGUCCCUUAUUUUGAAUGGCGGAGAAGAGGGCGUUCUAAUAUGGAUCCAUCAAAGCUUGUAACAGAGAAAGUUGAACCUCUCAAUAGUCAUGUAAAUGAGAAGGUGAAGAUCUCACAGAAGAGAAAGGCCAUCAGGAAGCAGCAGGGUAAGAAUGCAAUCACCUCGUUGAAGAAAUCUGGUCAUCAGCUCAAUGAUCUUCCGACCGGUUUUUCUGCCAGCAUUGCUGGAACUGGUGUUGCUGUUCUCGUAGGAGUUGUCUGCAGAGUUUUGUGCAACCAGGUGCCAUUCUGCGCAUCAAAACUUUUGAGCACCGGAUUCGGGUUAGGGCUAGUUUGGCUCUCUUCAGCUGUGAAUAGAUUGAGGAACACGGUUAUCUCUAUCAGCAAAUCUUCUGGGAAGUUGGGUGCUCACGAAGAGAAAAUGAUGGAUCGAUUGGAUAGAAAUCUGAAUGAUGUUUGGUUCCGAGUAACAGCAGUGAUGACGGUUGCAGUGCUGCAGUUGGCUUGA